UUCAGCUUUUUUGUAAAAUCGAUUUUUGACUUGAGUAGUUCUUUAAAUUCAUAAACUAAAAAUGUUUAAUACAUAAGACUGUUGAAUAUAUAAACAUCAAAACUUAAUUGGGCUAACGGAAGGUAUCCCAAAAUGGGUUCUACCCAAUCUAAGCAGGCCAACUCAAAUUGUCAUUCCAAUUCCAAUUUUUAUUUCCAUUUCUCAUUGAUUUGUGAAUAUGGGUGCAGAGCAAUCAGCCUUGUUGGUCUGCACUCAGACAGGAAAGCCGGAAGAACCUCUGGAACUGGUCAACUCGGAACUGUUUUUCCGAUUGUACUUUGAAAAUAUGCGAGAGCCAGUUACAGGACCCGUAACAGAAGCGCUUUUGCUCUUGGCAGAAAAUGUACAAAGUACCGGGGAAAACGUCAAUGGUGGCCAAAAUAUGGAUUUCAACGAAGAAAGUGAAAGCGGCUUCAAUUCGGACUAUAGCGAAGAGUGUGAAGUAUCGAGUCUUACUCUAUCGACAGGUACCGAGUCUGAUGUUGAGAUAGAGCCUUUGCAGAUAGCCGAAUUUGAUUCCAUGGACGAGGACGAUAUGCCUAAUCCCGAAUUGGAUGAGCCCCAUGCGGAUGAACUUCCAAUUUUCGACUCUCUUGAGUAAAUUAUGUUAAUUUAACAUAUGAAUUUAUGUACAGAACUAA